CCUGCCUGCGAACAAACCAGGAAAUUAAGACUUGUAAAUAUUCGCCGGACAGAGCUGCCUUAGUUUUUUGUUUUAGCACCCAGAUCAAUUAUUUAUUUCCAUUUUAUUUGAAACCCUUGCGCCGCUUUUCACAAAUCGUCCCAAGCUAUGGCUUCUUUAUUCAAGAAGAAGACGACAGAUGAUAUCAUAAAAGAACAGAAUCGCGAGUUAAGAGGGACCCAGAGACAAAUCGCCAGAGACCGGGCAGCACUGGAGAAACAAGAAAAGCAACUGGAAUUGGAGAUUAAAAAAAUGGCCAAGACGGGGAACAAAGAGGCCUGCAAAAUUUUAGCCAAGCAGCUGGUCCAGUUGCGGAAGCAGAAGAACAGGACGUAUGCCGUGAGUUCAAAGGUCACCUCGAUGUCCACGCAGACCAAGGUCAUGAACUCCCAAAUGAAGAUGGCUGGUGCCAUGUCCACAACUGCCAAAACAAUGCAAGCUGUCAACAAAAAAAUGGACCCACAGAAGACUCUGCAGACAAUGCAGAACUUCCAGAAAGAGAACAUGAAAAUGGGAAUGACAGAAGAAAUGAUCAACGACACCCUGGAUGAGAUCUUUGAUGAGUCCGGAGACGAGGAAGAAUCCCAGGACAUUGUGAACCAGGUGUUGGACGAGAUUGGAAUUGAAAUUUCCGGGAAGAUGGUGAAUGCUCCAUCAGCAGGCAAAAACCUCCCCUCAGCAUCUACCUCCAAAGCAGCCACGAUUUCAGACGAAGAGAUUGAGAGACAGCUGAAGGCUCUUGGAGUAGAUUAAUCGGCCGCUCCUUCUCCAAAUGGAUCUGCAUCUCUUCAAAAUAAAGUGCUACUUGAACGAGCAGGAGCUUCCCCCAAACCCCUCCCGCAUCUUCCUUCAUGGAUUGUAUCUGUGGCAACCACGGGGCUUCAAAAGUGAAUCAUUUUAAAGAAAUGGAAAUUUAUUCUUCAGCCUGAUUACUGAUAAGCUUUUCUUUUUUGCCUGUUGUGUUACGUUGAAUAGAUAUGGGUGAAAAUUAAGGUUUGCUGUUGUCUUGGAAUUGGUACCCUGCUAGAAGGUAGGGGGCUUCAGAGGUGAUGUUAAAUGCUGGACUGAGAGGUUUGUCCAGGUUAAAAGUCACAUGAUACUGUCCAUGCUAGGAAUGAUAUCUUUAAAAACUAUAUGCAAUCUACUGAGAAACAAUGGCUUGCUAGAGGUGGCAUCGAAAUGCUCUGUGGAAAGAUUACACACUGACUUCCUAUAAUGCAACGUUAACUGAACAACAAAAAAAAAACCAUUGACUGCUAUGUAACUACCGAAAGGGCAGUUUUAUUCACUGUAUUUCCCUACAGCUGUGCUUGUAACAGUGGAGAUCUGCUCAUGGUGUAGUAUGAAGAAGGGUUGUACAUCUCUUUAGACAUUUAAAUGUUUUUGAAUGGGGUGGGUGAGGAUGAAGCAAGGGGAGUCUGUUGUCAUCACUGUGCAUAGACCCAGUUGUCCUCUGUUGGGGUUCACAGGGAUGGAAAUAAUCGGGUGACUAAUCUCUUCUUUGUCUGAUUAUUGUCUGAAAUGUUGUGAAUAAUCUUUGCUUAUCACAUAACGCUUCUUUAAUCUUCUCGCCAUUAAUCGUAGUUGGACCGAAACAGUAGGUCAGCACUAUAGAUAAUCAUGCCUGGAACAUCGAAAUCAGAGUGCACACACCCAAAUACAUAACAAUAGGAAAUCCAUAAGAAUUUUGCUGUAAUGCUUGAGGUUUAAAACUUACCAUUUAGCAAGAUGACUUCCAAGUGUUCCUGCUGUGAUUGUUCCACUUCCACUCUGUGGAAGAGUGCAGAAGCAUCAGGCUGGUCCACAGUAAUGAGAAUUCAGUGUUGUGGUGAUGGAAAGCACACCUAUUGUAAAAUAUCUUGAACAGGUGACAGCGGGUCCUCAUUGCUGACAGAGUCAUUCUAGUUAAUUUCACAAAAAUUCACCAUCACAGUUUGGUCCAUGAAGCCAUGAAGGAAUUUUCAAAGCAAUGUGCGUAUUGCUUUUUAAGAAAGAAAUCAUAAAUGGUUUUGCGUUUUAGCCUGUGACGAAUUUCACCUCUUCAGCUGAGGGCUGUAUUAGCACAUAGGGUUCUCGGAGCAUGAAGCACUGAGAUUUUUCUUGGUUUGCUAUUGAGUAAGGAACUACUGUCAAUUUUAUUGUUAGGAGCUUCAUUAUGUUUUCAUCUGAGCUCAGGUGCACACAUACACAAACAAAAACUGUGAUCUCUUGCAACCCUAAGUGCAACACAUUUGUAUCUUAGGGGUUUGAGAACUCUGAUAGACGUGCCUUCGGGAGCUAAGCCUUAUUGGUGGAUGGUGUAACAUGACAGCAAGGGGCACUUAAUAAAAGCAACAUGAAAAUGCAUCCCUGCACAGCGGUAUAGUCAGGGAUGGAGAAUCGAAGUGAACUGUAGGAGAUUAACAGCCUUAUGCCAGCUCCGCUCUGUUGAAGUUGGAAAGGCUGUGAUUGAUGUAGACGUUGCCCUAACCCCUUCUUGAUUCACACGAGAGUUCUGCAUCGCAUUGAUUAGUUGGCUUCCAGCAGGGCUGAACCGGGGCUCUCCAUGCCACUCCUGCUCUGUCAAAGCUGCACAAGGGAGUGGCGCCCUUCUGCUCCUCUCCUCAGCCGUUGACCUCCCUUUGCUGUCUCGCUGUUUCUCGGGUAGCCUUUGCCACUUGUGGUUGGGUUCCUAUCUCCAGCGGGAUGCGUAUCCCUGAAACAUAUGGACACGGAGAAGGACUAGAGCUCCUGGAGAGUGAAGACAUGUUCGGAAGGCACUCUCAUGACUGAUACUGGAGACUUUCUGUCCAGUGCAUGCUUUUAACCCCCCAGUAUACUACAUUUUCUUCAUCAGGUGCACCCUGAUGAUGUGUACCUUGAUUACCUCAUAGAUUUAACAGAAAGUGUUAUGUGUUGAUGCAGCUGGUUCGGGUUUCACACUUUCUGGCAUUUGAACAUUAUGCGGUACAUUGUUUAGACCUGUUUUAAUCAUAAUAAACACAGGCCCGUGUCUCCUUGAAAACAGACCCUAACAAUCGCAAGACCUGAUCUCUUUCAGAAAAGCCUCCAGGAAUAAUCGAAGCAGCAGCACAGCUUUAAGAACACGGCUGCAGCUGGGAGGAUCUCAUUUUUCUUCCUUCCUGUGUUUUACCAAUCCCCAAAAUUAAUAAACUGUAAAUCCGGCAUAUUCUUUGAUCUAUUCAUAUGGAAAUGGUUCCUAUAAAUCUGGGUCGGAUGGCAAAUAGAAUUAGAAAUUGCAUAAACAUUCCCAAACUACCAAACUCUCAGAUUGACUUUGAAGUUCAUAACUUGAACCAGUGCUGCUGUAACACAUUGGCCCUUUUCUGUAAGAAUAAAUCAGUCUGCUUACAUAUUUCUUCCUCACAAUCCAUCAGUGUGAUUAGCAGAGACUGACAUGGGGUACUUUUACUGUUAUUAACAGUGACACUACAUUUUUAAAGCACUCGUCUAUAAAUAUGAUUUAACAUAAAGCUUUGCAGUUUCUUCAGUGGGUGUGAGUAACAAGGUUUAUUCUGUAUUUCAAAAGUAUGAAUUUUAAUUGUGUUCACAAUCGGCAUCUGGCAUCUCUGCAUGGAUGGCUGUGAAGGUUGUGGUUUCUUUCUACAGUAGGUUUAUUUAAUAACAUUUAACUAACAUUGGAAAAAAGGUUUUUAGGCCUUUUUAUUACGAGGACUGUAAUGUUGUACAGUUAUUUUUUUGUUAUUCCUUGCCACAAAUAAAGUUUUUCAUACGCGCCA